AUGGAGUGGCCUGCUUGUACGGACGAAUAUGAGAAGCUCUUAAUAAGGAUGAGCACACCAAGGGUUGUUAUUGACAAUGCCGUGUGCUCUUCUGCUACUCUAGUCAAGGUUAUUAGUGCAAGAAGACAUGGUAGUUUACUUGAUGCAAUUCAAAUUCUCAUUGAUCUGAACCUUGUAAUUAAGAAAGCUUAUAUAUCCUCUGAUGGAAAAUGGUUCAUGGAUGUUUUUCAUGUCGUUGAUCAAAACGGAAACAAGCUAAUCGACGAGAGUGUUUUAAAAUAUAUAGAACAGUCGCUUGGGAGUGUUCACAAUGUGAGGACUAGUUGCUCGAACGGUCUCACUGCGCUUGAAUUAUCGGGAACCGAUAGAGUUGGUCUUCUAUCGGAGGUUUUUGCGGUACUUGCUGAUCUUCAAUGUGACGUUGUUGAAGCUAAGGUUUGGACUCACAAUGGCCGCAUUGCUUCUUUGAUCUAUGUUAAAGACUGCGAUUCCGGAGCCACUAUUGAUGAUUCUCAGAAGAUUAAAAAGAUUGAAGUUCGUUUAAGGAAUGUUUUGAAGGGAGACAAUGACAUUAGAACUGCUAAAACUUCUGUGUCUAUGUCUGUCAUGCAUAGUGAAAGGAGAUUGCAUCAAAUGAUGUUUGCUGAUCGUGACUACGAGAGGACUCCAAUUCUCAAAAGCAUUUCCGAUGAUACUGUAGUGACCGUCCAGAAUUGGGCGGAAAGGGGUUACUCAGUUGUGAAUGUUCAGUGCAAGGAUCGAAUCAAACUAUUAUUCGAUGUCGUAUGCAAUUUGACAGACAUGGAGUAUGUCGUGUUUCACGCAACCAUCACCACAAAUAGUAACCAAGCUUACUUGGAGUUUUACAUACGACACAAUGAUGGCACGCCAAUUAGUUCGGAACCAGAACGACAACGCGUGAUUCAAUGCUUAAAAGCUUCUGUGGAGAGAAGGGCUUCUGAGGGUGUUCAACUAGAGUUAUGCACAGAAGACAAAAAGGGACUUCUAGCAGAAGUGAUGAGAACUUUCAGAGAAAAUGGACUUAAUGUUACAAGAGCUGAAAUAUCCACCAUGGGAAAAAUGGCUACAAAUGUUUUCUAUGUAACAGAUGUGAUUGGAAACCAAGCUGAUCCAAAAAUUAUAGAGUCUAUUAGGCAGAAAAUUGGGUCAAGCAGUUUAGAAGUGAAGGAGUUACCAUUGAUAUAUCAUGAGAAGGCAGAAAGAGAGGAUCAAUCAGGUGGAAUUGGUGGUGCAGUGUUGUGGUCUAUUGGGAGCGUUGUGAGAAAAAAUCUGUAUAGUUUAGGAUUAAUUAAAUCAUGUUCUUAA